AUGUCCCAGAGCCCCCACACAGACGAAUCGAUGGAGACAGAAGAGGGAGACACCCCAGCAGAAGUGGGGCGCGACGUGGGGUGUGUAGUGGGGCAUGCCGUGCCUGUGAACGGGGAUGGAGAAAAGGGGGAGUCGGCGGAGGGAAGCGGGAUUGGUGCUAUUGAAGGGUUUUUCCAGGUUAAUCAGAUCAACCCCAUUGAUGAUGUAAGCGUUAUUGCGAGCCCAGGAAGCAUCUCCCAUGGAGAGGAGAAAAUCGGGGAAAAUGACAUUUCCCACACGGGAGGAAUAAAAAUUGGCAUCAACAAGAAGGACUACGAUUUGUACAUUAGCCAGUUGAAGGAUAAAUGUGGAGAGGAUGUAGCAAAAAUUAAUGGAGAUGAAAUAAGAAGCAAGGAUGAAGGUAGAAACAAUGAAUGUGAUUCAUACUAUUAUGAUGAAAAGCACUUGGAUGGAAACACCACGGUGUUUUUGGAUGAUGGAGACGCAUGUAACAAAAGAACAAUGCACACCAUUAUAAGUAGAAUGGAUAGCGAUAUCACCAACACAGAGGAUGCAUUGAGCAAAAUAAACGACAACAGUACCACGUAUAUGAGCAAUGAAAACAAUAUAUGCCUUGUGAAUAAUGAAGGAGAUAUUUCUGAUGACAACAAUUUCAACUCUAAUUUCCAAUUAGAUGAGGUGGUGGAAUCUACCGAUAAGAUGACAUAUUUAGAGAAUUGCGAGCACGUUAAUAUUUUAAAAAAUGGGGAAACAGAUCAAGUCGAGUUCAAGAAUAGAGGGGAGUGCAAGUCUUCCGAGGAAAGCGCCUUCCACGAGGGUGUAAGCGAGCAUAGACAUGACGACUUAAUGCAAGAACAUUUCACUAACGUAGUUAACAAUGCAAUGCGUUUAAACAUCGCUCAAACUUUUGGAGGAAGUGAAGAACAGAACGAAGAGAACAAAUUGUCGAACCGAUCGAACCCAAUUUUUUGGGAUUCGGUCCACCUGAACAAGCUACAACAGGUACUGCACAACAAUUACGCUUUCAUGGACAAUGAAGGAAUAACAAAAAAAUUAAGUAAUUUUUACAGUAAAAUUCAGAAUGACGGAGAGGCGAUCUCUGGAGGGGAUUCACUCUACCCAUUAGAUGGCCAAGUAGGAAUCCAAUCAGAGUUGAAUCUACAGGAUAAGGAGGCAUUGUUUGCAAGUACUCAGUUGUAUGAACAGAAAAAUAUUCAUCAGAGUGGCCUUUCAGGAGGAGACCAUUUGUACCUUGCAGGCGCAGACAAACAGGAAGAGGAAAAGGGAGAAGGAUCUGAACGAUCAAGUCAUCACCUCAGGAAAGAAACUACAAAUAACGGGAAGAAUAACAAAGAAGACGAACUACGUAAUGAUAGAGAGGAUAGAGAAUUUCUGUUCCAAGAAAAACAACAAAAUAAUGUUACCAUCCGUAGUAAUUAUAAUGAUCUAUGUGACGAGAGCCAGAAAGAUAUUACUGAGGAGUGUCUACGCAUGAGUUGUGGGGAGAAGAAAGAUCCCAGCGAGUACAGAAGUUGUGGGAACAUGGCUUGGUCGAAUGGAGAAGCACUGUCGUCGAAUGGAGAAGCAUUGUCGUCGAAUGUAGCGUUGAACAGCUUUGGAGAGAAAGAGGUAAGGAAGGAGGGCUGUCAGGAGGUAAGCCAACCACAGGAAGGUGUGCAAAGAGAUGAAAUGUACAACCAAACUUUUGUAACCGCCAAGAAAGUGGGCAGACGGGUAGGAAGAAAGAGUAAAAGUAAUGCCAAUAAGUCGUCUGUAGAUUUGAACGGUGGUGUAAAGCGGAAGGCACGAAUCAGUUUGAGGUCCUCUGAUGGGUGUGAGGUCGAUGCUGCAGGGGAUUGCGCAUCGAAUUUUGCAUCGAAUUUUGCAUCGGAGGAAGAUCACAUGGAUGAUCGAAACCAUGAUUGCUCAAAAGAGAACGGAGAGGAAGAACAAUCAAAUGGUAAUGAGAGAGAGGAGGGAAAACAUGGAAGUGCGAAUGAGAGCUACGCAAGGAGACCCCUCAGAAAUGCAGCGAAGAAAUGCAUUCACUUGUGGUCGGAGGAGCUAAAAAAGAAAAGCGAAAAACAUAGUGCCACAUUGGAGAGGAACAAAAAUAUGAACGAACAAAGGAAGGAAGAAAAAGGCCUUCGGAGAAAGGAGAAGGUAAUAAAGAAUGGAUCUAAGGUAAUUCUCAGGGGAGGAUUGGCGAAAGGAUACGGUGGAAGAGGUUGGGCAAGAGUGGAAGCCAAAAGGGAGAUGAAGUUUGAUCAGGAAGAUGCGAAGGGGAUUGAUCCUGCGGAGGAAGACGUUAUUAGGAAGGAAGAAGUAAAGUAUGAACAGGAGGAAGAAAUAGAAGAAGGAGUCGACGGUGGGGAAGGCGUCGAUGGAGUGAAUGGCACGAACGGAACAAAUGGAACAAACAGAAUGAACGGAACGAGCGGAAAAGUAAACUGUGAAGGACAGGAAGGUACUCAUCGACGGGCAAGGGGGCGACCACCCCAGCGAGUAGGCAGCCACACGGAACCGAAGGUACGAGAAAGGAUCCAAGGAAAUGAAGCUUACGGGAGUGGCCAUAUAGAGUCAAACCAACUAGGUAAUGAUACCAACGAAAGAGGAACAAAAGGAGGAAGGAAAAAAAACGACUUGUCCACCUUAGGACUUGAUCAGGAAAACAUUCCGAUCCUUUUUAAUGAUUCUAUGGAUGAGAGAGAAAUGUUUAAAUAUCUAGACCUGUUGCGACACUUACCAAGUAAGAAAGGAGGUGCACAAUAUAAGCUGCACAAGGCUAUAUUAACAGAGGAAAUGGUUCGAAGGGCAAAAAAAUUUCCACUUGUUCAGGGAGUAUACUUUGAUAGAUAUCAGCAAAGAUGGAGUGUGAACUGGAAUGAGGAUGGAAAGAGAGUGGCGAAAUAUUUUCCCAUUAAAUUAUUUGGGUUCGACUAUGCGCGCAGAUUAGCCAUUUAUUGUAAAAACUAUCAGAAGAUCCCUGAGGAGGCACUCAUAUUUGAGCAAGCCUAUCGGGCAAAUCAGCAGAAUAACAAACACAGAAAUGAUCAUUCGGAAGUAAUCAACGGGGUAACCGGAGGGGUUGGCAAUGUUGGGAUUAACGAGAUUGGGAGUGGAGACGGGAGCAUGAACGGAGGGGGAAAGCUUAGACGGGGAGGACCAAGAAGAGGAUACAAAAAGAGGGGUCUCCGAAAACAGGAGAAUUCGAAUGAAGACAAACCCAAUAACGGUUAUGGGAAGAGGAGAAAAAAUAUUAGCAACUAUCAAUGUGGGGAAUUGGACAACACAAUGAAUGCGGUUCCGGGGGAUAACGAAGGCUCCAACCGGGGCCCAGGACAGAUAUCGCCCGGGAGUAGCUAUCCCCUGUGUAGCAAUUACUCAGGUAGCGCCAAUAGCGGUGUCAGCAGUGGCACGAAUAGUAGUGAGAAGAGGAGUUCCAAUUACAAAAGCGAUGGAGGCGGGAAGGAGAUGGAGCGCAGUAUAUUUCCCAAGGUGCCUCCCUACUUUCCCGGAGGGAGCUUGCCCGGUUCGCAGAGCGUCGGGGAGAAAUACCCCGGCGGGUUGAAUCAUCCUCACAGUCACCACGGUUUGCACAAUCAUCACGACCUUCAUACCAUCUGGGGAGGCCUUGGAAACAUGAACACAUCAUCUGCGGGGAAUGAUGGUGGUGAGGACAAGCAGUAUGUGCAAGGGUACCUUUUCGAGGGCGACUCCCUCCUAUGCGACUUAGAUGGUGAGAUCGCCAAGCAGGGACAUCAAAAAAGAGAUCAUCCAGGUAGCGAUCAUCCAAAUAUUGAUCAUCCAAAUAGCAGCUGCCCUAGUGGCGGUCCUUUUGGUAGUACCCAGAACGAAGCAGGACAAGGACCGAAUAGUGUGAACCCCAGCAUUAUCCACGUGGAAGAAGAACAGAAGAAUAUCAGAGGUAUCGAUGGGAGUAUUGAUCGAACCGAUGUGGAGAACAUGAUGCUCAUGAGACAAAGGAUGAUAAUUUCUGAUGAGGGGAGAGCAACGAAUUCGAACAAGUACAUUCCUUUUGGAAGUAACAGCAUGGGAGGAUUCCCCGUUGCACAGUCGAGCAAGGAGAUGAGACGCCUCGGAGGGGGAGAGACUCAUUUGGAUGGAGAGAACAAGAGUAGUUAUAUGCAUAACAUGGUUGCUAGCACAGGUGAUAAGGUAGGUGAUAAGGUAGGUGAUAAGGUGGGUGAUAAGGUAGGUGAUAAGGUAGGUGAUAAGGUAGGUGGUAACGUAGGUGGUAACGUAAGUUGUGUAAAGGGCAACGGUCUGUUACCCAUGUCGACCCAGUCUAAUCAACCCAGUGGUGUAAUCCAUGCCAUGGAAAAUGGUAGGGAAUUGAGUAGUAAUAAUUUGCCCCACAUGAUGAUGAUGAAAAACUCGACUGUACAGACUGAAGAAAAAAGAAGAGGAAGAAAAAAAGGAGAAUCAAAGAAGAACCAUUUUGUAUGCACAUCGACAGGGACAUCUUCCUUUAAAUCAUCAUCUUCUCACAUUUCAUCCACCUCGUCCUGCUAUAAAAAUAUGGAAAUGUAUUUGUCGUCUAAUGGGCCUUUCCAUGACAUGGGUGAGGCGCACAGAUGGAAAAAAGGAGAAACUGCCACGGGUACAGGUGAUAUACCAGACACGGUAGAUGUAGCUGAUUCUGCACGUAUCUCCAUUAACAAUGAUGAGAAGGGUAGUUACUAUAUAACUAAUAAGGAGACAGGAAAGAGAAAUGAGCGAACCAUUAAGGAGGAUCAGGAGGAUAAGGUUAGCAGAAUCAACAUGGUGGAAAACAAGGGUGAUGAUAAUAGUGAGAGGUAUUACCUACAUGGGGGGGGCGAGAAAGUCAACGAUGGAAGCGAUGGAAGAGAAGAUGAUGAUAAUGACGAUGAUAGUGAUGACGAAGCAGAUGUAGAAGGAGGAGAGGUUAACCCCCAUGAAUACGUUCCAAGAGGGAGAAGCAUAAUCUCUAAUGUGGAUCCUUCAAUGGAAAGACACAUAAUUGGACAUGCAGUUAGAAAUAUAAUACCGAAUGAAGAGAAGAACCAGAAGGGGGUAACAACCCAUUUGAGCUCUGUUGAUGAUGUGCCGCAAAUGGGUGGUGACGAUUUAGGAAGAAACGCAUCAUCUCAUGAUGUAGUCAAAAGGAUAGUGGUCGAUGGAGAUCAGACGAAAGCACAAAUAGAAAAUGAUGGAAACAAGAUGGAAGAUAUAAUGAACAUAAACAAGUACAGCGAAAUAGUGAAUAGACUGGAUAAUUACAACCUCAUGAGUAGAAUGGGGCAGAUGGGAGUAAAGAGGGAGAAGGAGUUGAUUCACUUGGGGGGGAUAAAUUUGAAGAGGGAGAACACAGAAUGUGCGAGUAAGGAGAGUAUGAGAGAGGAAGUUGCACCAGAGGAGGAAGACAACGUAGGCGAUGUACCAAUUGAGGGAGUCGCCCCUAACUCUGAUAUUAUGAACGAGGGGGAAAUUGCCAAUGAGGAUAUGAUCAACGGGGGAGACCUCGCCCAGGAGAAUAACCCAGAGGAUAUAAACUCUAGAAUAGUGGGAGUACAUUACGACAGAAAGCAGUACAGGUGGAAGGCUACAUGGUACACAUCACACGGAAGAAGGUGCGCAAAGUAUUACCCUAUAAAACAGUAUGGCUAUUUGGAAGCGAAAAAAAUGGCCAUAGAAUGUAGGAGAGCAUACAACGCCUACAAGAAAUUAAAGAAGGAUCCAGAAAAUGGUAUCGAAGAAGGAGAGUUCAAUUUUGAAAGUAGUAUUUUUCCCAAGGAAUAUUAUAUAACUCUAUUCGAAAAUGAUGAAAAGAAGGAUGGCUAUUUUUGGAACCCUAAAAAGAACAAAAAGACGGGUAAGAAGAACCCGUUUUUAGACAACAACGAGAAACAGAGAAGACACUACAAUGAGGCGUUGAAAAAAAUUACUAAUAUCAAGUAUAAAGAGCUUUCUCAAUUGAAUGAAUUUAUGCUCAGGAAGAAUGACGGAGAAACAUCUACGUAUGCGUCCAUGGCGAUGGUUGUAGACCCUGUGGAGGGUUCCAAUGUGUUCGGGCUUCCACAACAUCAGCAGGUGGAGGAAGAGGAGGAGUAUUCUUGUGCGCAGUUGGAAAUGGGGGUGUACGAAGGUGGAGAGUUUCAGGAAUCUGCAGGGCCCUGUACAAUGACAACUCCAGCUGCAGAUUCUAGUGUACCCAUUUCCGGGAGAAAUGUGGAUGGUGGCACCAUUCCCAUCUUGGAGAAUGAAGAAAAAGAGGAAUGGAGCACUUUACAAGGAGUAUACAAUGAGGGCGGAAUUUUCCAGGACAGUUGUUCAAAUGUGAUGAAUGGAGAAGGAGAAAAUGCCACCUCAAGCGGAUACUCUGCUCAAAACGUGUCCUCCCUCCUUUCGUUGUACUACCUCUCCGAAAACAUCUUCAAGUUCCAGAAAGGAACCAUCAAAUGUAUUCUACAAGACUUGAGGGAUAAUUGUCUGUCUAAUUUGGCCUACGACAUUAAGAACAUAACUUUCCAGGAGUAUUACAUGGCCAUACAUUACCUGAACAGGUAUGUGGAAGACUCCAACUGCUACGAUGACAUUUUAUUUCUCUUAAAGAUUUUAGCAAAAAAUUUAGAAAUACGCAAGAUACCUAGUUUGUACAAUGAAGAGGAGCAGAAGGAGUUACUAAACUCGUUAACCGUUAUUACGAAGCAGAUGAAAAGCGGGUAUUCGUAUUUCACCCCCGAGCCUGUGAGAAGUGCCAGUGAGGGGGGGGAGGGAGGAACAGCUGGUAUGUCCCCAUCCGACCGGUUUUCCUCCGUCAUAUUUCAGUAG